UCCGUCUCCUCCGAGGGGAAGAAAAAGGGAGUGCGAAAACCGUUCUUUCCUGGGGGGGACAGCUGGGGAUAGUUUGCCUCUCUCGUCACCAGAAAGUCGCCACGAUGCAGAGUCUUCCGUUUUCGAUUUCCCCUUUGGGGAAGGAGGGGGAGGGGAUAUGGGUUGUGUACUUUGCUACGCCUCACGAUCGACAAUCCCAAUGUUGUUGUUUUCUUGGCAAGCGCACUGAGCACUGGCGGUGCCUCAUUAGACACGGUCGGUCGUCUGGGUCAUUUUGCCAUGUGGAAUUUUGCAAGGUGGGACGUGAGACACCAGAGGUUGUUUACUUCCACCUCUUGGUCGUCUGCUCGUCGAUAGGACGAAAAAAAAAAGUCUUUUCUUUUUUCUCGUUCACGGUGCUGAUGAGAAAGUGCCUUAUCUAUCCCAUCCGCCGUACCCACCUCCUUCUCCCUUCGUAUGCAGUGCGCGUACGCACCUCGAGGAACAUCAGAUUUCUGCAUUGCCCAUCUGACCAAACCGCUCCAUCCCUGUCUUAUCUAGGGCGAUGGGGUUCGGCUAGGGAGAUGAAUGAAGAAGAGUCGGGGAUUGUGGCCUUGGGGGCAGAAGAGAAGAUAGUCCGAGAGCCAGGGGAGAGGGGGAGCUGAGAAGAUCACUCGCUAUAAAGUUCCGCCAUGGCGCAUGCU